GUUGGGAGCAGCAUGCACAGGGCAAGAAGAUCUACGAGGAUAUCAAGAACUUCCGCGACAAGAUCAAGACCAAGGAGCACAUCUUUGAGCCGUGGCUGGAGCAGUCGCUGCAGCUGUCCUUCAACGUCAAGGACCGCAUCUUCUCCGUCACCGAUGUCCCUGGUAUGCGCACUGUAUGGUCGACAAACCCUAAACUCUAA